CACAUUUCAGGAGCAGCAACUUCACAGACCUCGCUUUUCACACAGUUCUUCACCAUGGCUCCCUACACUCUCACAUACUUCGCUAUCAAAGGCCGUGCUGGCCCUUUGAAGAUCCUGCUGGCGGACAAAGAGCAGCAGCUGAAGGAGAAUGUGGUGACCGUACAGGACUGGAUGAAGGGUGACAUAAGAGCCACAUGUCUCUUUGGACAGCUGCCUAAAUUUGAAGACGGUGACCUGGUGCUGUAUCAGUCCAAUGCCAUACUCAGACAUUUGGGACGAAAACAUGGUGCGUAUGGAAAGAACGACUGUGAGGCUUCUCUCAUUGACAUGAUGAAUGAUGCAGCUCAAGAUCUUCGCCAGAAAUACAUAAAGCUGAUCUACCAGGAAUAUGAGACCGGUAAAGAAGCGUUCAUCAAAGAUCUGCCCAACGAGUUCAAACCAUUUGAAAAUAUUCUGGCCAAAAGCAAAACAGGAUUCCUGGUUGGUGAUCAGAUCUCACUUGCAGACUACAACCUGUUCGAUCUCCUGCUGAAUCUGAAGGUGCUUUCUCCCUCCUGUCUGGACUCUUUCCCGUCUCUCAAGAGCUUUGUGGACAAGAUCUCUGCCCGUCCCAAAGUCAAAGCUCUGCUGGAGUGCGAGAACUUUAAGAAACUGCCCAUCAACGGCAACGGCAAACAGUGAAUUAACAGAACGUUGAUACAACGUUCUCAAAUG